AUGGAUUCCGCCAAGUGAGUGCGCUCGGAAUGGAAAGAGCAAAUGGGAGAUAUCUGACCGCGCGCACAAUAGGGUCCCAGUCAAGCUCGUCAAGGUCACCAGAGUCCUCGGCCGUACCGGUAUGCGAACCCCCGAAUAUGCGAAUACGGAAACAUGAGAGAAAUAGCGAGGAGUCUGACAAGACAACAGGUUCUCGCGGAGGUGUGACCCAGGUCCGCGUCGAAUUCAUGGACGACACCACCCGUUCCAUCAUCCGCAACGUCAAGGGCCCAGGUAAGAGAUGCACAAGUGGCGAGAUGGAAAGAGCAUGACUGACUCGCUAUGCAGUCCGCGAAGACGACAUCCUCUGCUUGCUCGAGUCUGAGCGUGAGGCUAGGAGAUUGAGAUAA